UCAACCAGUCAUUACCAUCCCCCCUAGCGAAGACGAACAACAAGUUCGUGUGGCAAUCAGUUUCAUUGUCGAGCCAUAGUCUCACACCAGAACACCUGAAAGCAUCCCUUUCUGAUUGUCCGUUUGACGUAAUUCGGGAGAGACGGGAUCACUAAAUAUACAUCAUGUUCUUGGCCAUGAACGAAACGCUGGUGCCAGUAGCCUACGUUCAGGAUCAGAUGUUCGACCCGUGGACCGUUCCGGAUUCGUUUACCGUUUACAAAUUCGCUCCCGAUUACGUCAAACCUUUGUUGCAUCCACACUGGCAAACUCAGAAGGCCGUCCACCCGUUAUGGUCUUAUUUCUUUGCUCUCUACUACCUGAUUAUGGGUAGCAUGGCGAUAACUGGAAAUGUCAUGGUGUUGAAGAUUUUCAGCCAUUUCACGGCACUGCGAACGCCGGCCAACAUGCUCGUCAUCAAUUUGGCAGUUUGCGAUCUCAUGCUGAUGUUAUCUCUCAUUCCAGAGUCGGUCUAUUGUUUCUUCUUGGGAGGACCUUGGCAAUUCGGUUACAUGGGAUGUCAAAUCCACGCCUUUUGCGGAGCAUUUUUCGGAUACGGUCAGAUUACCACCUUAACUAUCAUUAGUUGGGAUCGAUACAACGUUAUCGUCAAAGGAUUCAGCGGCAAGCCACUGACUUACGCUAAAGUAUCACUGCUCAUUACCUUCAUUUGGGUUUGGUCUUUCGGUUGGGCCCUUUCGCCACUCGUUGGCUGGGGUCUCUACGCUUUGGAUGGCAUGCUCGGCACGUGCUCGUUUGACUCGUACACGACGACCAUGAACCACAAGAGCUACAUUUUAGCCUCGUGCUUUUUCCAGUAUGGCGGUCCGAUCAUCGUCAUCGUUGGCUGUUAUUUCUUCAUUGUCAAGGCAGUGUUCAGGCACGAACAAGAGCUGCGCGAACAGGCCAAGAAGAUGAACGUCACCUCGCUGAGAAGUGGCAACAAUGAAGAACAGCAGGCCGUUUCGGCUGAAAUCCGAGCUGCCAAAGUGGCCGUCGUCAACAUUAUGCUGUGGAUCUUUGCCUGGACGCCUUUCACUGCCAUUGCCAUGGUGGGCACGUGGCACGAUUCCGCCUUCGUCACGCCGCUCAUGUCCGAGUUGCCCAUCAUUUGCGCUAAAACGUCGGCCCUUUACAAUCCCAUCAUUUACGCCCUGUCGCACCCAAAGUACCGGGAGUGCCUCAAGGAGCUUUAUCCGUGGCUGUGCAUCGUCGUUGACGAUCGCAAGUCGAAGCGCAACCCAAAUGGCGACAACAACUCGAUUGGUACGGUCAAGACGGACACGUCCUCCUCGUGAAAUGAUCGUCAUCAUUGAUCCCAUCGACCGCAUUCAAUCAUUUCGACCACGAACUUUGCUUUGCGUCACAUAAUUAAAGAAAACUCAUUGUAGAAAUAGUCGUAAGCUGCUAAUUGUUAGAGCCCAUUUAUUACAUAAUAUGAGUGAACUUUGGUGCCCUGCGUUAUUGGAAGGUAUCCACAUGAUAUUCCUGUCGCUCCUGUGUUUUCCUUAUUGUUAAUCUUUUUUGAAUCGAUGUACUAUAUAUUUAUCCAUAUAUAAUAAACUAACCCUUGCAAGCUGA